GCAAUUACCGCCAAAAUGGCGGCUGCUGCAGAGGGCGCAGAGCCCAAUUCGUUGGAUGAUAUGAUGCGUCGCUUGGGCCAGCUGGUCGAUCGCGCGGACGAGGACAGCGAUGGGCUGCUGACGAUGUCCGAGCUGAAGGAAUGGAUUGGCCGGACAUCGCGACGCUAUAUAGAGAACGAUGUGUCGCGCCUCUGGAAGAGUCUGAAUCCAGAGAACAAUGACACCAUCCACUGGGACGUGUACCAAGAGACCAUCUACGGCCAUGGCGCCUUAAAUGAUGUUCAGUUCUACCACAAGGGCCUAAUAAAUCGCGAUCGACGCCGCUGGAAAGCGGCUGAUACUGGUCGGGACGAUAGCCUAAACCGUGAUGAAUUCACUGCCUUCCUGCACUCCGAGGACCACCCCGCCAUGCGCGAAGUUGUGCUCCAGGAGAUGUUCGAUGACCUGGACCGGGACCGCGAUGGCAAGAUCUCGUUGCCGGAGUAUAUGUUCGACAUGUACCAGCCGCGGUCACCGGACAUGGAGCCGCCAGAGUGGGUGGCCAACGAGCGCGAUGUGUUCCUCAAGUUUCUCGAUCAGGACGGCGACGGGUCGCUGAAUGAGGUGGAAGUGCGCCAGUGGAUUGCACCCCAUGGCCUGGGCCUGACGGAUAGCGAGGCGCAGCAUCUGUUGCUGGAGGCCGAUGCCAAUGGGGACGCAAAGCUGACCAAGAAGGAAGUGCUGAAGAAGAUCAAUGCCUUUAUGAACUCCCCGGCCACCGAGUUUGGCCAUGCCCUGCUCCGUCAUGACGAGCUGUAGCCCAGCACAAAUGAUAUUAAUUGUGCAAUUUAUCAUGGUAAAUGCAUGUAAAUACUCUGCCGUCUUUAAUGCUUCCGUUUUGGGUAAAUGAACACAAGGCUUCUAUAUCCUAACAUCUGGUUCCCUUAAGCUCUAAAUGCUAAAUAAUUUACAAUAUCCGUUUCUUCAAAAUGCGUCUAAGAGGUAUAAAUAAAGUAAGUCUACAAUUUAUACUGUAAGCGUAUGCGUGUGUUUGUGGGGCAGUGAGAGGAAACAGCAACGAAAAGAGCAAAA